AUGGCGCGAGCAGCGCAGUGGCUUCUCAUGCCUGUUCUGCAGAGUGGGGCGAUCGAACCGUUGGAAUCAUUGAACUGCUGGGGACGCGACCCAAACCAUGUCAUGCAAGAUUUCUGCUGCUUACACGGUGGGCUGGAAAGCUGCUUUGCGGAGAGCUUCACUUUUGAGGCAUGCUGUGAAGGGAGCGACGAAAGGUGGUCACCUUUGACCGACGCCCUAGUGGAGCACUUGCGGAGCAGAGUCGAAAGCGGCGAUAGCCGUCUCCCAAGUCGUUGGGAGCUCUUUGCAAGCCUGCUCGCUUCCCUGAACCUCUCGCGCGCUUGGGCCGAAGUGGGAGUUCAAGGAGGAUCCUUCAUCCAGAAGCUGCUCGCGAACGCCCCGUGGCCCUUGGUGCAGACGCUGAGUCAGGUUUCGCUCAUCGAUACAUGGAGGCACCACCCCACCGGCUACUUCCAGGAUAAGGCCAACGUCCCAGAUGAGCACCAUCAAGCCCUGAUGCAGGAGGCCAUGCAGAGGCUCACGCCAUACUGGCCGAAAGUGCGCUUCCUCCAGGUGGAGUCCGUCGUGGGGGCGCGCGUCUUCGACGACGAGUCGCUGGACUUUGU